AUGCCAUCUCAAAAGAAGAUAGAAAAAAGACCAAAAGAUGUUCUUCGAGAAGUUAAACGAAUGUCAAUGAAUAGAGAGCGGAUAAGUAAUGCUGGGAUUAUUGGAAUGUAUGUAUUACUUGGAAAUGAGGUUAUUGUAAAAACACCUUCCAAAAUAUCAUAUCAAACACUUCCUCAUUUAAAAAUAGAAGACACAGUGGUAUAUGGUCAAAACGUAAGACAAUAUUUAAAAAAUCAAUAUGGUUUUGAAAAUAUAACAGACUCUAGAACAAAAGAAAUUAUUGUAAUGAAUGCUGUGUCAUCAACAUUUAUGGAAUUAUUAGGUGGAAAACAAACAAGAAAGAAAGGUACAAGUAAAAAUGUUAAAUUAAUGAUUUUUGAAAGUAUAAAACCUUUUAAUAAAAUUGGAUUUCAACACUUUGCAGAGUCAGUAAUUAAUAUUGUAUCUUCAAUAAUUAAUGAUAAUAAAUGCAAAAGACAACAAACUGUACAUUUACAAGCUUAUGAUGAAAGAAUUAUUGAAACCUUUAAAGUUAUAUCUUCUAAUCAGGAUAAUCUUGAUGAAAAUGGACUAGAAAUAGUUAAUAUGAUACUUAAACAAGUAGAAACUAUUUAUCAAUCGGAUGUUGUUGAAGAUCAAUUCUUUAAUCCUAUAAUUCAACAACCAAUGGAUAUAUUUAAUUAUGAAAUUGUUAAUGAAAUAGCUUUUUGGUAUUAUCAACAAUUAUUUGAAGAAAAAUGUUAUGAGUACAUUGAAGGAUUAGCUGAAUGCAUCAAAGGUCAUGCUGAAUAUAUUGACUCAAUAUAUUGUAUUAAUCUUCCUGGAUUAUCAAAAAGUGUUGGUUUAAAUCAUAUCAAUGAAAGUUUACAGUGCAUUUCAAAUGAACUUGAAACUAUUUCAGAACGUUUUCGUUUUUGCCAUCAUGAAUGUCAUAGUCUUAUCGAAAGGUUAAACACUCUUAUACUCAGUCAAUCAAAACAAGAUGCAUCAAAGAUUAGAGGUGAGUUACAAUGUCAUGGACCAUUACAUCUUCAUUCAAUUAUACAAUCAUUUCAAAGAAUGUUUUCUGAAUGUGACCUUCAAAUUAGUGCAAACAGGGAUAUGCUAAAAGCUGUUGCAAAUGCACAACAACAAAAAUUAUUAAAUGAUAUUAGAGAAUUAUCUGGAAAUGAAAGCAAUCGUUAUUUGAAAAAAGACCUUAAAGAAAUCUUAAAAGAAGAACAAAAAACCAAAGACCAAUUACCAAAUCAAAUAGAAAGUAUUUUUUUGUAUAUAAUUAAUUCAUGCUGUGAAAAAGAAUUCAUUAUGAAUAAAGCUAAUAACCAAGAAAAGGAUUAUGCUAAAGAAGUUUUAUUAAGAAUGGACCAAAUAGAGUUUGAAGGAUUACCACCAAAUGUAGUUUGUGAAUGCCUUAAAAUGUUCCUAAAACAAUUACCAAAUUCUUUGAUUAAUUCAGAGUUGACAAAUACAAUUAUACAACAAUGGAAUAAUCUUGGACAACCAAACGAAUAUUCAACACACAAUAAACCUGUUCGACAGAUGAUUAAUUCAUGUAAUAAAGAAUCAAUAACACUUCUUACAGCUUUACUUAAGGUGUGUUGUAAAAUAGAAUCACUAUCUGAUGUAAACAAAAUGAAUGAACAGUCUUUAGCAGAUAAUCUUUAUUCAUGUAUAUUUUCAAUAAACUCCCUCUCAACAAAACCAAUAAAAUCUAAACAAGUUCAAAUAGAACAAUUAAAGAAAGAGUCAACAUUAAAAGAAAUUAUUGUUUUUCUUAUCAAAGAGUUUCAACAUCUUUUCCCUGAAAAUGUGAGUGAUAUUACUACAAUGCGUUCUCAAAUGAAACAAAUGAAGAUUGAUAACUGUUUUGGAACUAUCCAACGUGUUGUUGAGAAAGCAGAUGUAAAGAAACGAGGAACAACUAUUUCUAUACCACAUAAAAAUGAACCAAAAACUCUUUUAGUCAAACCUAAACCGUUAUUAACAGAAAUUCAAGAAUUUUUAAGAAAAAAAGGAAUAGGGAAACAAUAA